AUGGACGUACGACUGCCGUUUUCGGGCGUAAUUACGCCCUGGACGUCCACUAACGGAAGCGCUGUGAUAUCUAGGGCAGGGGCAACGGCAGUUGUACAAGGUGCCCUGUGUAAACCAAGGAAUGAACCAGUGGCCAUAAAAAGGAUUAAUCUGGAAAAAUGCAAUACUACAGUAGAGGAGCUAUGCGUUAUGAAAGAGAUACAGGCAAUGAGCCAGUGCAAACACGAGAAUGUGGUAGGCUAUCAUACGUCAUUUGUUGUGAAGGACGAACUAUGGGUCAUCAUGAAGUGUGCAGUGGUGUUCCUCUAA